AUGAUGACGAAUCCCUACCAGCACGGUGCAAAAGAAAUCCGUGAGGGACGCUCGCUCCCCGACGCCGACGAGUUCGCCAGCCAAAUGUUGGCGCCACACAAGCUCUUCCGACAGGCGACACGGCGUCGCCUGUACACGCAGCUGGCGCCCCGCGCAUUCUCCGCCGCGAGCCGACUCGCCGCUCCCGCCUCGCUCGCCCGGUUGGAUCUCGCGCGCACGCCGCAGCCGCUGGCAGCGCCGAGGCGUCGGUGGCUCGCGACGGAUGGAGAGACUGUGGAGGUUCCGGUGCCGGAGAUGGGCGACUCGAUCUCGGAGGGGACUAUCCUCUCGAUCGCAAAGAAGCCGGGCGACUACGUCGCGCUCGAGGAGACGGUCGCCGAGGUUGAGACGGACAAGGUGACGGUCGAGGUCAAGUCGCCGCACGCUGGGACGAUCAAGGAGAUCCAUUCGGCAGUGCUGGGCAUCCACGCCACCUUCCAGCGCCCGAUGGCGGUCAACGGGGAGGACCCCACUCGCUUCAUCCUCGACGCGUGA